AUGAUAGAUAAUCAAACUUUGUAAAGUAUACUCAACUAUUAGAAUGUAACAGAAGGGUAUUCAUAUGAAGAAUUGAGUGAGUUAAAGAAUUUUAAGACUAUGCUUUCUAGUGAUAAGAUUUAUUUUGGGCAAGUAUUCAAUUCAAAGAAGCACGGGAAAGGUGUGUUGUGGUCCAAAUCAGGACAUAUUUAUGAAGGGGAAUUUAAUAACAAUAGAAAACAUGGAUUUGGGAUAGAGAUAUUCUAAUCUAAAUCUAGUUAUUGUGGAAGUUAUGUAAAUGGUAGGCCAGAAGGCUUAGGAAAAUUUAUUUGGGGAAAUGGAGAAUCUUAUGAUGGGGAAUGGUUGAACGGGUUUAAACAUGGUUAUGGAACCUGGGUAGGAUUAAAGGGAGAUAGUUAUAGUGGUUAAUGGGCGUAUGACAAGCCUCAUGGUUAAGGCAUUCAUAAAUGGAUUAAUGGAGAACAAUACCAGGGAGAGUUUAAGGAAUGUUUGAAACACGGUUUCGGUGAAGAAAUGUUUUCAAAUGGAGAUAGGUAUGUUGGGAUGUAUUAAAAUGGAACUCCAGAUGGAGAUGGAGAAUAUUUCUAUUCAAGUGGGGCAUAUUUCCACGGUUAAUUUUUGAAUGGAUUAAAAUCCGGGUAUGGUGAGUAUCGAUGUGCCAAUUACACUUAUAAGGGCUAUUAUCAAAAUGACAAAAAGAACGGAGAAGGAGAGUUGAUAUAUGCAGAUGGAAGUAGAAAAAAAGGAAAAUUUUAUAAUGAUUUAUUUGAGAAUAUUGAAACAAAUAAGCUCACUAUUAACACAUAACCAGAAAGAAGUCCCAAACAUAUAGUCAAUAUUACUAAUUCUAAACCUCCACUCUAUUUAUCUUAGACUAAACCAACCAAACAUUAGAUUGAAUCCUCGUCUUUGAAUAAAACGGUUAACAUAACUAGACAUUCUCAAGAAACUAAACUAAAGAAUCAAAUCAAUAGAUUGCCAGUUAUGAGUAUUAAAUUGAGGAGCAAUUCAACCAGAUAAUCAAAUCAAGAUAGCGAACCCAAUAGUAGUAGUUAACGUAAAAACAAUUACUCAGUAAAUAGUAAACAGACUUCUCCUAAGUAUUCUGUGAUUAAUUAAACACUGCCAACUACGAAGACAAUUUAUAAAAAUAAUAAUCAAUAGGAGUUUUCUUAAAAGUUUGACAGCACCAUCGGAAAAUUUAAUACUAAAAUAGGAUUGAAAGAAAAAUAAAGUCAGAAUUAUAGAGGUAUGCUUUCAUCAAAAUAAAAUUGA